AGUAUUUUUAUGAAAAAUCUUUGUCUCAUCUUUUAUGUUUGGCACAUUUUUACGAAUUUAUCAUUGAAUAUCUUGAUUAUGUUACUGUUUUAGGUUUUAGAGUGCAAGAUGCCGGCUGUACAUUCCCGUCCGGCAAAUUUGGUGCCGCCGUUGGUUGAAAAUGAUGGAACAAAUGAUACUGAGAUUCCGCUUGGUCAGCCAAGUAACAUGAUGGAUAAUCAACCUAAUUCAAUGGAAAAUGUAACAAAUACCUUGGAUACUUCAAUUGGUCAAGACCUUGGUGGUGGUGAUGAUGAUCAUAAUGAUGAUCAAGAAGAAGGUGAGACUGCUACUGGCAAGCGAAAGCGCUAUCAUCGCCACACUCAACAUCAGAUCCAGGAAUUGGAAGCGUACUUUAAGGAUUGUCCCCACCCAGAUGACAAGCAAAGGAAGGAGCUGAGUCGCGAGUUAGGGUUGGAGCCCCUGCAGGUCAAGUUUUGGUUCCAGAACAAGAGGACUCAAAUGAAGAAUCAACUUGAGAGGCACGAGAACACACAUCUUCGCAUUGAAAUUGAGAGGAUGAAGUCAGAAAUGCUGAGGCUCAAAGAAGCUUUGGGCAAUCUAUCUUGCCCUACUUGUGGUGGCCAUCGUAUCAACAUUGGUGAUUUGUCUUUUGAAGAACGCCAAUUAAGGAGCGAAAAUGCAAGACUCAAAGAAGAGAUCGAACGUAUCUCAUCUAUGGCUGGAAGAGUUGUUGGAAAAUCUGUAUUUCCAAACAACAACAAUGGUUACAUCUCUGCUCCUCCUGUUGAUUUUGGAGUUCUUCCUGCUUACUCGAUGCCACAACGCGUCGAUGGAAAUGGUGGAUUUGAGGAUGUUCCAAUUAUGAGUCCAAUGAUUAUUCCACCAAUUAGUGAAAUUGAAAAGCCCUUUAUCAUUGAGCUUGUUAUGUCAGCUAUGGAUGAAUUUGUUCAAAUGGCAUAUAUACAAGAACCACUUUGGUCCCCUAGCAUUGAAAAUGCAGCAUUUAUGCUAAAUGAAGAUGAGUAUUUUAGGGUUUUUCCUAGGGGAAUUGGACCUAGACCUAUUGGAUUUGUUACUGAGGCUACAAGGGAUAGUUCUAUUGUCAUAAUGAACAAGCUUGACCUAGUUCAAAUUCUCAUGAAUGUGAAUCAUUGGGCCAGUAUUUUCUCUGGUAUUGUCUCAAGGGCUUCAUGUGUUGAUGUGAUAUCAACUGGAGGUGCUGGAAAUCCCAAUGGAGUAAUACAAGUGAUACUAGCUGAAACUCAAGUUGCAUCUCCACAAGUUCCAACUAGGGAAUUCUACUUUGCUAGGUAUUGCAAGCUCAGAGUUGAUGGAACAUGGGCAAUUGUCGAUGUUUCAUUGGACCAGUUACGCGCUGGUCCAGCUCUUAGGUCUCGAAAAAGGCCAUCUGGAUGCCUUAUUGAAGAUGCACCAAAUGGAUGCUCUAAGGUUACUUGGGUUGAGCAUGUUGAAGUUGAUGCUUCAACAGUGCAUACUAUUUACAAGCCACUAGUGAGUUCUGGUCUUGCAUUUGGUGCGAAGCGUUGGCUCGCUGCUCUUGAUCGACAGUGUGACCGUAUUGCAAGUGUUCUGGUCACACCUACUCUAAACAAUGAUGACAUGCUGCUAACAACUGAGGAGAGUAGAAAAAAUGUGUUGAAAUUGGCUGAGAGAAUGAUUAAUUGCUUUAGCUCUGGAGUGAGUGCAACUGUAGGUAAUCAAUGGACAACUGUGUCAGCAGGAAAUGGCACUGAUGAAAAUGUUAGAAUUAUGACUAGGAAAACUGUUGGUGAUCCUAGUAGACCACCUGGUAUUGUCCUAAGUGCUGCUACUUCAUUCUGGCUCCCUAUUGCUCCGAAAACCGUGUUCGAUUACCUCCGUAAUGAGAACACGCGUAUCGAGUGGGACAUUCUGUCCAAUGGAAGUCCACUCCAAGAAAUUGUUCAGAUUGCUAAUGGCACUCAGACAGGCAACUGUGUCUCUUUACUAAGGAUGAUUGGUGAGAAUGAUAACCAGAGCAACAUUGUGAUUCUCCAAGAGAAUAGCACUGAUCCAACAGGAUCCUAUGUGAUCUAUGCACCAGUUGAGAUCUGCACAAUGAACACUAUUUUGAAUGGUGGAGAUCCAGAACAUGUUUCUCUGCUGCCUUCUGGUUUCGCAAUUCUCCCCGAUGGUCCACCAGGAGUUAGGGGAACUUAUAAUCAUGGCUCUGGUGGAUCUUUGCUCACCGUCGCGUUUCAGAUUCUGGUUGAGUUCGUCCCUGUUGCUAACAUCUCAUUGGGAUCUGUUGCUACCGUCAACAAUUUGAUUGCUUGCACUAUUGAAAGGAUCAAGGCUGCUCUCUUACCUCAGCCAACUUGAUCGCGUUUCCUGAUAGGGUGAUAAUAAGGAAUAAAGAAGAAGUCAAGAGCGCACCUUUCAACUUUCUAUUACAAGAAGAAAUAUUUUAUUUUUUUUUGUUUUAGGGUAAAGAGGUUCGUGAAAUGACUUCUUGUGGCAAUAUUCCAUAGAUAGGAAGAAAUAAUAAUAAAAAAACUAUAUAAUAGAAUAAUAGGGAUUACCCUUUUGAUGUUAUGUGACUUAUUAUAAGUCCAUCAAAACAUUGUAGCAAUUGGCAGAUUGUUUUGUCUGUCUUUUGCAGUAUUAUGGUAUGAAAUAAAAAAAAGUUUGAACUUCAUGUGGUUUUCAUUUAUUUUUCGUUUUUCGUUUUUUCGUUGCUUGAAAUGUUUUUUCGUUGGUUACAUUUGCUUAUGAUAGUCUUUUGGAGAUAUAAACAUCUCAAUUUUUCAAGUAGCUUUUUAAUACGAAACAACCCUUUGUGUCAAUCACAUCUUUUAAAUUUGUUCAGUUCAAUUUGUGCGUACUUUGACUAUUUCAUUUACUUCAUGUUACCUUUUUGUUUUUAAACUAAAACAUGCAUCAAUUAACUUUGACAAAGGCAUAGACAUAAGAAUAAAUCAUCUAGCGUGCCUGAAUAGACUGUUGAGAUUUGAACUCUGAUCGUCAAUGUUUCUCGUAUCAUUUUAUUGAUUGCUCGAUCAAUACCGAUGAAUAUUGUUGAUUAAAGUAACUAGUAAAUUACAACACCAUAGUACAUCAAAAGAAAAAUGAGAAAAAGAAA